AUGGCCACUGAAGACAGACUACUGCUAUUGGAUCAUCUGAAGAGUGUUCAUUUUGUCAAAAUCCUCGCCGUUGAGAAAAGCUGCUUGCCAGAUUAUAUUCGAGCUAGUCACCAACAGAGUAAUGCCACAGACAGCUCACCAAAUGCUGUUCUUGCACAAAAUAUUCCCCUCACACCUUCGUCCAAUGAUAUUCCGUCUCCAACUAGGCGUCCGUCCGAAGAGGAUGUGGAUGUAACGAUGAACUCACCACCAUCGCGAUCACCUUCGCCUCCGCUUCCCGCGCUGUGCACUCCGCCUCGCAGGAGGAGCUCGUUUGCGGACUAUACUGCCCAAUCCUCUCCCAUGACUACGCCCUCCCCCUCCCCUCUGCCAGACUCGCCUGCGAUUGGAAAUAUGGUCGCCGACGCUAUCAAUCGUGCGGCCUUGUCAAACGCGUCGCCCAUCCGUCCUUCCACCAGGGCUCGCAAUCUGAUGCAGAAGAAGGCGGUUUUGCGCUCUUGCAAAAAAUCAAAACAGUCCCCACCUCUGCCACUGCCUCGUCGCAGCACAACCUCCCCGGAGGAAAACGGCACGAAGCUCAAAUUCCCCUCGUGCCCGGGUGUGAGCCAGGAUUCGUCCGCUUCUGCACGGGAUAUAGAGAUGCAUCUUACGCAAAACGUCGCUGCCUCACCACCAUACUCGCCGGAUCGAUCUUUACCUACAACAGACCCUACAGACCUCACUCUGCCCAUCGUUACGCAAGCGCCAUAUGGAAGCCAAAGUGUGACUCAUUCGCAGACGUCGCAGACGGGCGAUGUCUACCGCGGUUUCCAGUCUGGCAGCUUGAAGCUGACCCAAUCCAACCCCGAGACGCUUGGAUCUGCUGGCGCAAAUAAUGAUGAAAGUGCAAUUGAUGCGGCGACGGAAAGUACCUCGCUAUCUUUUCCCCGGACGCAGAAUAGCAUGUCGGGAUCUCUCCAUCUGCUCUCGCAAGCACCAUACCCGAGUCAGAGCCAGAGCCAGUAA